CGAAGAGCUGUAUUUGACAGGCUUGUUUAGCUAAUGUUCGAGCACGUCAUUUGUCUAGCAAUUGCAAAGCCUGAUUGGGUUUCUGUACGCUUAUCUUUGUUUUGAGAUGUGCAUGUCGAUUUAUUCGAUAAGAAUACUUACAAUGCAGAAGUCAUCUUCAGCCACCGCUCUCCACCGAAUCAUUCCAUAUAUGAGCUAGAUGUGGCAUCUAUCACUUCCUCGGCAUCAAAAGAUGACUCAGCUUGUUGCAGACUUUCAGACCUUUUUGGGUAUCUUUCCUUACUGUACUCAUUCUCUUGUAUCCGCGUAUCUCGAGACUAAUAAAUCACGGACAUCGAUUUGCAUCUUCAUGUUCAACUAAAACGUUAAGACAAUUACACAGAUGGCAUUAUAUAACCAAAGCGGCAACGGACUAAAUCACGAUUGCUGCCCAAACCGGACAACAAAGCCUCUUCUCCAGGACGAAUGCGGUGGUCGUCAGGUUGCAAGCACAUGCUUUUGAUGGAUGUGCUGCAAGGUCAUGCAUCUCAACACAUUUCGGCUGCAAGGCUACUGCUUUUCACGCCACCUUAUCUCUCUCUACGAUUCCGUGCAUGGCGCCACUAUUCGGACAUGCAGCGCCGCUGGUCUCGCAGCCUUUCAUUCUCUCGAUGUUCCUCUGUUCUUGAGACAAGUGCUAUCGCGUAUCGUGGGCACCUCUCAGCCACGUUCCUUGGAGGGGUCUCUGGCUUACGCAGCAAGGUCCUCGACAGCCUCGCGACCCCUCGAUGGUGUCGCGUCUGUCGAGUGUGUCCCGCGUCAUCAAAUCCCGGUGCGCGCGAAUUCGAUAUCUUUUCUCAUCUCUGUCUCAUAUUCCUUUUGAUGGUAUGCGGUCAGAAACGCCAUUCGGAAACAGCAAGCGGCCUCCGCGGUCAGCACGGCAUACCGACCGGGUUUGUCUCUUCCUCAGGUAUCUUACCCAGUAUAGUGUCCAACUUCGCCGCAAUGUCUAUCGAGGACCGACAUCAAUUGGUGUGUUGGACGUUGAGCCCUUCUUGCCUUAGGUCAAAGGAGUAAGUACGGACUUCCUGGGGCAGGCGAGGAUAUAAAUACAGGCACGCAAGACGGAGCGGGAGAUUUAUG